GCAGUGGUACACGCAACAGUUUUUCAGCCCCCUUCUUUGCGAUGGACCCUCGGUGCAGACGCACGACGCCGACUUCUGGGUACUGGAUAAGGGGCAACGGCGGAGGCUGCGUGUUUUCGUCUACCCACUGGCGCGCAUUUUCAACGCAGACCUUCUGAACCGGCUGCAGCUGGGGGGCUGGACAUCUGGCAGUGAGUGUGACUAUGGGCUGACAGCGUGCACUGAGGCCCGCUGGAACAGCUUGUUCUCGGUGUAUCGUCAGUUUGCCACAGAGGUCCUCGUGCUGCUAAAAUUCCUGGCGGCGCCGGAAGGGGUCCUAACAGAGGAUCCCUCAGAAGCCGACCUCUUUGUGGUUCCUUACCUGGCAAAGACUGAUUGCGCUGAGAGCGGCAAUGCAGGGCGUGAUCCCUGUUGGGGAAAAUGCCGGUGUUCAACCGCAGUGAAAUAUCUCUUCGAGUCGCUUCCACAUUACUCCUGGAGGACCAGAGCUCGUCACCUUUUUCUCGCUACCGGGGACAUCAAGGACCUUCCCGUGGAGAUCCAGGGUCAGCCAUUAGUCCUGUCGCUGGGGGCAUCCUUCUGUGGAGGCCAUAUCGUAGUGCCCAGUCCGAAUUUAGAUCCAGACUUGCAGCCUAACGGGAAGCUGGAGCAGAAGGAAGCCCUCGGCCGUGCCCCAGCACGGCAUGUGUUUGCUUACUGGUUCGGAUCAAAUGACAAGAAGUGGCGAAGGGCAGUGGUGGGCCAACUUCUGCAGUACCAGCAGCUGCAAGGGACUGAGAAGGUUGUAGUCCACGACAUCGGCAGCAACUACGAGGCCCGUGACAUUUGGCAAACGACUGCAGACUCGCCGCAGAUGGUCCUGGAGGAGAUGAUGAGGUCAAUCUUUUGCCCCGUUGUGCAGGGCGACGUGCCUCACCAGAAGCGCUUAUUUGACGCUGUGCUCACUGGCUGCAUUCCAGUAGUGGUGGCUUUUCCUUCGCAUGUUCAAGGUCUGGUCAGUUGGUGGCUGCCCCAGGGCCCACCUGCCGAGCGCAUGGUCGCGACCUUAGCUGGUCUUGUCGAGCCUGAUUCGGCUUCAAAAGGCAUCAUGGGAAUCGUCUAUGCAUUUGCGUUGGGUCUCAGGAGGUACCGCAGGUUGCAGGCUUACACUGCAGAAUGCGAGGUAGUCUCUAGGCUUGAGAGGUUCUAUUUCGUUUUGUGGGGGUGA